GAAUAUAUAAAAUUUUCGCGUAGGAAAAAGACAUUAACGAAAGAGAGCGAAGACUUCGUCGCAGAAGACUUUUGUAGAUUUAUCGUUGCUACCUCCGAUUGAACCAGAUUAGGGUUUAUUUCAGAUUGUUUGUUUAUUAGAAUAAAUCCGCGAAGUUGAAUUAGGUUGAUAACUCGAAGACUUUCUUCGAUUCAAAUGGGAAAAUUCUGUUGCUUCACUUCCGCUUCCGAGGUUGUGGGAGGACAAUCAUCAUCUCGGUCGGGUAAAGGAAGAAGUGAUGAAGGGUUGAUCAAGUAUGGCUUUAGUCUAGUUAAAGGGAAAGCUAACCAUCCCAUGGAGGAUUAUCAUGUAGCUAACUUCAUCAACAUCCAAGACCAUGAAUUGGGGCUAUUUGCAAUUUAUGAUGGUCAUAUGGGUGAUACUGUCCCUGCCUACUUGCAGAAGCACCUCUUCUCCAAUAUCCUAAAGGAGGGAGAGUUCUGGGUGGAUCCUCGAAGGUCUAUUUUAAAAGCUUAUGAGAAGACAGACCAGGCCAUUCUAUCGAAUAGUUCUGACUUGGGCCGUGGUGGGUCUACAGCUGUGACCGCUAUAUUGAUCAAUGGGAGAAAGCUGUGGAUAGCUAAUGUUGGCGAUUCACGAGCAGUUCUUUCUCGAGGAGGCACAACGAUGCAGAUGAGUACAGAUCAUGAGCCCCGUACUGAAAGGUCGAGCAUUGAGGAUAGAGGUGGAUUUGUAUCCAAUCUACCAGGUGAUGUUCCUCGGGUGAAUGGUCAAUUAGCCGUGUCUCGUGCCUUUGGAGACAAGGGCCUUAAGACACAUUUGAGUUCAGAACCUGACAUUCGAGAUGCUACUGUAGAUAGCCAGACAGAUGUUCUAGUCCUGGCCAGUGAUGGCAUUUGGAAGGUGAUGUCAAAUGAAGAGGCAAUGGAGAUAGCUAAAAGGGUGAAAGAUCCACAGAAGGCGGCAAAGGAAUUAACAGCUGAAGCAUUGAGAAGAGAGAGUAAAGACGACAUAUCUUGUGUCGUAGUCCGAUUCAGAUGACAAACUCUGAAAGGAUUUUUACAGGAGAGAUGGUUUCUUAAAGAUUAUAAUAAACCCGCAUUCUCAAUCAAGAUUCAUCAGGGACACAAGCUUGCUUGACUGGAUUCGACUCUGAUGAUUUUCGUCCGGUUUGGACCGGUCUGAAUUUUCGAUUCAUGACAGCUUCUUGCUAUAGCUUAUGUGCGUUCGUUGUUUUGUAAAUUGUGUGUUUUAAGGACGACAAGAAAAUGAAAAAAAAAAAACAAAGGAGAGAGGGAAAUGUGGGUGACUUGUGGUGGGUGAUGAUGGGGAUUGUGUUAUUACUAUUGGUUGAUUUGUUAUUUUGAUUACCGUGAUAUAAAUAUUAGGUUAUUCAUAUAU